AUGGAAGACAACUUCACUCACCACGCUCCUGUGGUGUCUCGUCGGUCAUCAGGCCAACAGCAGAAGCCUCUUCGACAUCCUGCCGAGCCAAGAUACACGUCUCUUCCACCCCUUCGACCUAGAAAUUUCACACCGCGUCACUAUUCUAUCUCACAGGGUAGUUCAUCGCGUGAGCGCGGUGCAGAGGCCGAGUAUUCUCUACAUCGCACCAACUCCAUCCAGCCAUCGCCAGCUUCUCAGUCAGCCUCUGAGGGGUUCAAUAGCUCUUCGGCAGCUUAUCAGCAAAUUCCAAGAACUCCAUUCCCUGAACCUCCGGCCAUGGCUUCUUCACUCGGUCCGAUUCAGUCGCAAUCGCACUUUCCGUCAGCUAUCGAUCACGAUAGGCAUAGCAUUCUGGGACCACACCCUCCUCCCAAUGCUCAAUGCACAGCUGGCCGGAACGCAUCUUCUCUACCAUCAACCGAGUUCUCUAGAAGCUAUCGAGAGAAUCCUUCGGAAUAUAGUUGCCGGAAGGCUUCUACCGUGUCGAGUCUACACGCUACAGCCAAACCCAGGGCAACAUCCCAGGCUGCCGACAGCCUGUUCGUCGAUCAAGGUGGUUUGCAUCGCGGUAACCCACUGCUUGAUAACCCGACUGCACACCUUCACGCACCUUCUUCACCUUUGAGAAUUCCGUCGCCUGCCAACGGCGACCAUAUUGGACACCUGAGAUUUCUAGAUAAGCUGCAGAGUCGGGCUUUCAAAAGUGGCUUCUUCCCUGACACCGAAGAACGCGAGAGCCGUGGAAGUACCUCCAAAAAGCCUACAACUACAGCUGCCUCAGCCGACGGCCUCCAGGAGGGGAUUGCAGCAAUCAAAGUUUCUGGCUUCAUUCUUGAAGAUGAAGACGAAGAAUUCCAAACUUCUUCCAGCACGGGUAGACAGAAAAAUACACAAAUAGCAGCUAGCAAGGCCAAGACUACUUCCCGGCCUCGCACAUCAUCGUUAUCCUCGACUCUAGUCGGUCAUGAUAUCGAAUCUCAAGGCCUUCCCAAGAAGCAAUUGAAGAAUACUGAUGCAACACGCCUGAAUUUGGACACCACCCACAACACCGGCAAAAAGGAAGAUGUGGCUACCGCAAAAAAACCGACUGUACCAAAAAGCUUCAGUCUGCUGUCCAACAUGAUGGCCAAGGCGCCCAAGCCUUCCAUCAGAAUUGUUACCGUUCCGAAGCAUGAACGAAUCCGGGAUGAUCUUGCACCCGACCAGUCGUUUCCGGCUCCAGCCACCAAGAAGCAGAGAGUGGAAACUCCUGCGAAGACCUCAUCAACCGCAAAGGCGUCUUUUGCUACACGGGGUCGGUCUCUCCGCACAACACCAAGCCAGAAGCCGAAAGUGUUGAAUCAGCGUAGAAUGGACCCCGACACGUUGGGCUUGGUGGCCAUCAAGACUUUGCCAGGCCCUUUGUACGAACCCGAACAACCCCUUUCUGGGUUCGCCAAUAGCAAGUACGAAGGUGGAUACGACAGUGACGACUCUUUUGCUUCUCUUAGCAAGAAUGCUCCAACUGGCUUAACAACGGUGCCCGUGGUCCUGCCCCAGCCCAACCUACCACUGAACGUACUUGUCGAGGGACUUCGAUCUCCCGGUGGUUGGCAUACGCCUGUCUCCAAGAGAAGCGCCUCGUCUAUUCUCAGCCCGAAGUCAAAUGAGGAUCAGGAGACAGAGAAGAAGCGCAGACGAGACCAAACGGCGCCGCCUCGCACUGAAGUGAACAAGCAUGGAGUGACUCGGGGUUCUGAACGAGUGAUGUCGUCUCACGGAAACCACGUUCGGCCUCGGUCGGCAGUGCUCGAACAUAUCAUCACCAUCGCGAACAGAUCGGGCGACAUGUCUGUGGCUAACACUAGCGACGCAAAAACGCGAGUUGCAGAUGAGAGGCAAACCCCUGAGGCAUAUGCCGAAAGCGUGGAGGACCACGUCAAGAUUCUACACCGAGAAAUGGGACCUAUGAAGAAGCAGAGAAUGAAAGGAUUGGCCAAAUUGGGCACACAGAGGAAGAUGAAGAAAGAGCAUCACGACGAUUCUUCAGCUCUUUCGGGCGCCACAGCCCCGAGCAAGCGAGCAAGCUUUCUUCCAAAGUUGUGA